AUGCCGAAGGGAGCGCGCCCGGCGGCGGCUAAGCAGGAGGAAUGGCGGGGGGAGGAGGAGGGGCAGGACCAACCGGUGAAGAAGGGCAAGAAGGACCGGCGAGGCAAGAAAUCGUUCUUCGAGGAGCUGGCGGAGGAGGAGAAGCCGGCGCCCGCCGAGGCCCCCACCCCCCCGGAGAAGGAAGCGCCACCCCAGCAGGCCUCCCGGCGGAAGCGAGACCGGCGGAAAGAGCAGCGGCGGCGGCCGGGGGCAGAGCCUGAGCCCGAGGAGGUGGAGCUUAGCCGGCGCCUGCAGGAGCUGGCGGCCGCUGGCAGCGAAGAAGAGGAGGAGGAAGCACCGGCCCCCAGGAAAGGGGGGAGGAGGAGGAAGGGCGGCAACGUCUUUGCAGCGCUGAGCCAGGAGCAGAGCGAGGAGGAGGAGGAGGAGGAGAAAAAGGACGAAGGCUCGCGGCCCGGCAAGGGCAAAAGCAACAAGGAGGAAGAGGAGGGUGAGAAGAAGAAGAAGAGUCGGAAAAACGAGAAGACCAAAGGGAAGCGGCAGCAGGGAAAGCCCCCCAGCGAGGACGAGGCCGAAGGCUCCGAUGAGGAUGCGCGGCCCAAGGGAGGGAAGAACAAGUUCGCGGCUCUGCACGAUGACGAUGAGGAGGAGGAGGAAGAUGAGGCCGAAGAGCCCCGGAAGGGCAGCGAGCCCCACGAGGAGGAGGAGGCCGGGAGGAAGGCCGAGCCCGACGCCCGCGUCAGCAAGAAGGACAAGAAGAAGAUGAAGAAGCAGAUGGAGUACGAGCGGCAGGUCGCCACCAUGAAGGCAGCGGCGGCGGCGGGCGAGAACGACUUCUCGGUGUCGCAGGCCGAGCUCUCCUCCCGGCAGGCCAUGCUGGAGAACGCCUCCGACAUCAAGCUGGAGAAGUUCAGCAUCUCAGCCCAUGGGAAGGAGCUCUACGUCAACGCCGACCUCUACAUCGUGGCCGGGCGCCGCUACGGCCUCGUGGGACCCAACGGGAAGGGGAAGUCGACGCUGCUGAAGCACAUCGCGAACCGGGCGCUGAGCAUCCCCCCCAACAUCGACGUGCUGCUCUGCGAACAAGAGGUGGUGGCGGAUGAAACGCCGGCGGUGCAGGCGGUGCUGCGCGCCGACACCAAACGACUCCGGCUCCUGGAGGAGGAGAAACGGCUGCAGGCGAUGCUGGAGGGGGGUGACGACGCGGCCGCCGAGCGCCUGGAGAAGGUGUACGAGGAGCUGCGGGCCAUCGGGGCGGCUGCCGCCGAGGCCAAGGCGCGGCGUAUCCUGGCCGGUCUUGGCUUCAAUCCCGAAAUGCAGAACAGAGCUACCAGGAAAUUCUCCGGUGGGUGGCGGAUGAGGGUGUCCCUGGCCCGGGCCUUGUUUAUGGAGCCGACGUUGCUGAUGUUGGAUGAACCCACCAACCACCUCGACCUCAACGCCGUCAUUUGGCUCAACAACUACUUGCAGACCUGGAAGAAGACGCUGCUGGUGGUGUCGCACGACCAAGGUUUCCUCGAUGACGUCUGCACCGACAUCAUCCACCUCGACGCUCAGCGCCUCUUCUACUACCGCGGCAACUACAUGACAUUCAAGAAAAUGUACCAGCAGAAGCAGAAGGAGCUGCUCAAACAGUUUGAGAAACAGGAGAAGAAGCUCCGCGACCUCAAGGCCGGCGGCAAGUCCACCAAGCAGGCGGAGAAGCAGACGAAGGAGGCGCUGACGCGAAAGCAGCAGAAGUGCCGGCGGCGGACGGCGGCGGAGGAGGCGGCCGAGGCCCCGGAGCUGCUGAAGAGACCCCGGGAAUACACCGUCCGCUUCACCUUCCCCAACCCGCCCCCCCUCAGCCCCCCCAUCCUCGGCCUCCACGGUGUCGACUUUGGUUACGAGGGGCAGGAGCUGCUUUUCCGCAACCUCGACUUUGGCAUCGACAUGGAGUCGCGGGUUUGCAUCGUGGGCCCCAACGGCGUGGGGAAGAGCACGCUGCUGCAGCUGCUCACCGGACAGCUGACGCCGACGCGGGGGCAGAUGCGCAGGAACCACCGGCUGAAAGUGGGCUUCUUCAACCAGCAAGCGGCCGAGCAGCUGCGGCUGGAGGAGACGGCGGCCGAGUACCUGCAGCGCGGCUUCAACCUGCCCCACCAGGACGCCCGCAAGUGCCUGGGCCGCUUCGGGCUGGAGGGACACGCCCACACCCUCCAGAUCGCCAAGCUCUCGGGGGGGCAGAAGGCCCGGGUGGUGUUUGCCGAGCUGGCCUGCCGCGAGCCCGACGUCCUCAUCCUGGACGAACCCACCAACAACCUGGACAUCGAAUCCAUCGACGCUUUGGCCGACGCCAUCAACGACUACCGGGGAGCCGUCAUCGUGGUGAGCCACGACGCCCGCCUGAUCACGGAGACGGGCUGCCAGCUGUGGGUGGUGGAGGAGCAGGGCCUCAGCCAGAUCGACGGCGACUUUGACGACUACAAGCGGGAGGUGCUGGAGGCGCUGGGGGAGGUGGUCAUCAACCGCCCCCGCGAGUGAGGGGGGGCGGGGCAACAUCUGCACCCCUCCCCCCCCCGGUAAUAAAGAGGAAUGCUGCA